AUGUCAUCAGAUAGACUUAUUUAAUCAGAUAAUAGCUCGACAAGUUCUUUAAUGGAUUGGAAUAAGGCGAGUCAACUCAACGAAAAAGAAAUCGGGUAUAAGAAGUACAAAUUCGACAGUCUGACUACAUCAUAAUUUUGGGCAUAUUGCAUGGGUCAUAUGCUUAAUGAUUUAUCAGCCGCGUGUUGGUUUAAGUAUCGAGUUUAUAAUCAUCAUAGCUAUCUGUUAUUUUAUUUGAAAAGAAUAAUACAGGUUGACUUUGGGUCAUAUGCAAUGUUGUCAGGACAAGUUGCUGAUGCAUUGGCAACACCAAUGGUGGGAUAUUAUAGUGAUAGAACAAAGACAUCAAUUGGAAAGAGAAUUCCGUGGUACAUAGGGUAUUUUAGUGUAUAUUUCGCAAGGGGAUAUUUUGUGAUAAUCUUUUCAUUUUUGCCAGUUUGGAAUGGAAAUUUAAUAUUGGAUUGGAUGAAUAUGAAGGAUAACACAGUAGUAUAAGUAACAAAUACAAAUUAAAUCAAGGCCAUUUAUUAUACCGUAUUUCCAGCAAUCUUUAAUUUUGGUUGGGCCUCAUUACAAAUAAGUCAUAUGUCUUUGGUUCCAAGUUUAACAUGCAGUAGAUCAAGAAGAGACAAAUUAAACUCCAUAAGAAAUACAUUUUAAUUCAUAGCCGUAUUAAUAGUGUAUGUGACGGCAGUAAAAAAACAUAAUAAUUUUAGUUAAUAUUUUUUUAAUUGGCAAACAGUACCGAUGGCACUGAUUCAGCAUAAGCUUUUCAAUAUUUAUCAUUGAUAUGUGUUGCAAUUGGGACAGCAACAUCAGUGUUUUUUAUAUUAUAAAUAAAUGAACCUAAACUAACGUCAGACUGUUCAAAAUUUGCAAGAACUUUGCUAAGAAUUCUUAAAGAAGUAUAUAAAUAAUUUAGUAUCUCAAAUAGAGAUAAAAUGGAGUUAGCAAUCCAACAAAAGCUGCUUAGGACUAAAAGAUUACAAGAACAUAGGUUCAAGAUGAAUAAAAGAAUACAUUUUCGAGUGAUGAUUUAUAAAAAUCUACUUCUGAAUCACAAAUAGAUGGAUAAGGAAAUGUCAAAUUGACAGAUGUUGAAUUUACAGAUGAUGAAGGAGAAGGUAGCUUACAUAAAUAAAAGGCUAAUAGAGGCUCUAUGUCUGAGGAUGUGCAUGAUUGGAAGUAAUAUUUUUGUUUAAAUUUUAAAGAGAAUGGUUUAGCUAAAUGGCAUUUUAUAGAUUCGGAAUGGUUUACAUGUUUUUUAGAUUGUAUUGUAAUGUUUCAUCAACUAUGAUUUCCUUCUACAUUGCAAGUGUUUUAAAGUUCACUGAUCCGGAUUCAGAAGAAGUCAAAGUCCCCAUUUAAGUUGCAUUGAUUCCUCUCUCUCUAUAUAUCAUGAGUGUUUUGACCAGUGCUUCAUUAUCGAAGUUCUAUCAAGUGUUAGGCAAAAAAGUCACAUUGACGUAAUCAUUUAUUUUUUAUUGAAGAAUUGGGACAGUUUUAUGUUUGCUUUCAUCCUCAACUUUGAUAUUCCUAAAUGAAAAAAACUCAUACUUUAUGUAUGUUGUGUCACCAUUCAUUGGCAUAGCUCAAGCUAUCACUUUGAAUACAGGAAUUACGCUUAUUAGUGAUGUGAUUGGAUUAAAGGGAUCAAGCGGUGCCUUUGUUUUUGGAGCAUAUAGUUUUCUGGAUAAGAUUUCUUCUGGAAUAGUCUUGUUCUUUUGUUCAUAUGGAAGUGUACUUGAUGAUGAAAAUUUGGUUCGUUGGUUGACAGUUCUUGUACCAUCAAUAUCUUGUUUUGCUGGCUGUGUAUUGGUUGUUACAGCACCUACAAAGAAGCAAGAAGAUAAUGUUGAAACCGAACAGAAAGAUGAGAGACGUACAAAAUCUUUGGUAGAUGAGUUGGCUACUUGA